AUGCCUGAGGCACCAAAGAUCGCAGCUUUGGAGGUUUCUGAUCAGAUUCUCGCGGAGAAGAACAAGAAUAAGCUCCAAUUCGUGGAGGAAGUGACCACGAACGCUGAUGAUGUCCAGAGACGAGUUCUUGAAGAGAUCCUUUCACGCAAUGCUGACGUGGAGUACCUCAAACGACACGGGCUCGAAGGACGAACCGACCGCGAGACUUUCAAACACGUCAUGCCUGUCGUAACUUACGAAGAUAUUCAGCCUGAGAUCAACAGAAUCGCUAACGGAGAUAAAUCUCAAAUCCUCUGUUCUAACCCCAUCUCUGAGUUCCUCACAAGGUUUGUCCUCUGUUUUUGUUGCUCUGUUUCAUCACUUUGGCUAAGAUUUAAGAUUCGAAUCUUUAUUGGGUCAGUCUUGGGUUUUAAUGGGUAUUUGAAAAGUUUUUGA